CCACCUCGGCCUCCCAAAGUGUUGGGAUUACAGGUGUGAGCCACUGUGCCCGGCUGAUUUUUCUUUAUUCAUCAAAUUUCUUGGGAUAUUAGGAAGAUAUGUGUUUUUGUUUUAAUGGCUACCUUUAUACAUAAGCCAUUGUUUUUGAGACAGGGCCUGGCUCUGUCUCUCAGACUGGAGUGCAGUGGUGCAAUCUCCACUCGGCAGGCUCUACCUCUUGGACUCAAGCAAUCCUCCCUCCCGGUAACUGGAACUGCAGGCACGCUCCACCCUACCUGCUGGUUUCAUACGCCCUUUUGAAAUGCACCUGGUCCCGUUUCCCCACCCCUCACUGUCUGGUUUGGCAGUCCACGUGGUGCCCUUUACUUCCUACCACUUUUGCUCUCUUCUCUCUCGCCAUUUUAGUGUGCAUGAUUUCUCUUUUGUUGUUGUUGGCACCUAUAAGGUGGUAUCUUUUUUUUGCCCAGCCUUAGGUUAUGGUUACAUCUUCCCAUUGCUCAUUGCCCACCCUCCAGUGGCACCUCUGGCGUGCUCCUGGCUGGGUGAAGCCCGUCCUCUCAUAAGUUCCUCCAGGAGGGCAGCUGUGUAUGGCACUCUGGUUCCAGAAAUGAGGCCACUCUCACUGUGUUGAGGAUGUUCAGCUUGGAGUUUUGGUGGCUGUGUCUUCAGUGUCAUGCCUGUUUUCUGGAGCUAGUUUGCAUUCCAUGAGGUGUUUUGAUUCUUGUUCAUUGCUGCUUUGUGCUUGAAGCGCUUUGCGUAGACGGGGCGUGCUUUCAUUUAUCUUGUGGGUCUGCUGCUUUUCAAGAUUUCGUAAUCCAGAGUGCCUCCUCUGUCUGCACCGUGCAGGGCACUUUAAUGGUUGGCUUUUCCUCUGGCGGCAGAAGGGUUGAUAGCCUAGGAUAGUUUUGAGUUUUUUCCAGGAACCUGACGUUUCCCCUUUUGCCUCUCUUGCCCUUCACUGCUCUUCUAAGGACGCCUGCCUGCCUUUUUGCCUUCUCCCCCUGAGAGCCCAUGCCUGUGGAGACUGCCACUCCAGCUGCAUGCCUGUGAGACCCCAUAUUCAGCGCUCCUCUCCAGGGCACCCCUUGCAGCCAUGAUUCGGGGUGGCUCUCGGGCCACCUCCUGCCCCCUCCUCCCUUCUUGCCCAGUUGUUCCCCACUGCCCUUUCUCCCCAGGCUCAGUGGGGUGCCUGUGGGAUGGGGUGCCUGUGGGAGCUGCCACUCAGCUUGGCUUUCCUCCUCCUGGGUAAGGUGAUGGUUGUGCUUCCUCUGCUUUGGGUUAUACAAGAGGGGAUUCCUUGAGGCCCUGUGGGCUCUGGUGCUUGUGGACUUCUAGAAGAUGGAGGGAUUGUGGGGGUGGUCUAGAUUUUGGCAGCUGCCAUCACACGCAGCUACCCACAGUUCUCAGUUCACGCAGAGAUUCUGUCCUUGCUAGUGUUUGCAGUUAAAAGGUCACUUUUGAAGAAUGGUGGGACAGUAAGUGGUGGCAGUUGAUUUUUCAUUUUCUAACUUUGCAGAAUAAAAGUUGAGUGAUCCUGUAUUGGUCCCCCAAAUAUUUCAGAGCUCCCAGAGUCAGGGAAGUGCGAUGGUAAAUAGUCACACGGGCCAGAUGAGAGGCUGAGGUGUACACGUUCUGUCGGGGUGGGGUGGGGUGUGGCCUGCCGGUGUGGAAUGGUCUGGGUGGCCAUGGGAAAUGUGGAGGGAGCCCUGGAAACAGCCCUGCUUUGUGCCAGUGAGGAGUCGGGGAAGCAACUGGGGAGACGGGGCUGGAGAGCCUGGAGAGAGGGGAAGCUCGUCUGGAGGGAGUGGGUGUACGGGCACACUGCGCAGCCUCCUAGUAAAGGGCCUGCAGACCCAGCUGGCCUCGUGCCUGGAGGCCUUGGGCGACUCUGAGGAAGGCAGUUCCAGAGCAGUGAGUCAGGACCAGAUGCAGUGGGUUGCAAGUAGAACUAGGAGCAGAAACUGGAUGUGGUGUAUUGUUUCAGAAUCUUCCCAGCAUGAGUAACUACCAUACGGCUACGUAGGCGUGGGAGGCACCAGGCAGCCCUGGGGCCGGGUGAGAAGAGGCCCCCCAGCUCGGAUUGCCUCACAUCCCAGUUUGUGAGCGGUGCAGGGGCAUGAGUGAGUGCAGGGCUCCUGACCCUGAAGCCCACGGCUGACUCCUCUGUCCUCUCUGAAAAGGGCGCAGAGCCGGGGAGUUUUGGUCCUGUUUGUGCCUCUGUCCCCACCCCCACCCCUCUUCCCAGAUUGGGGGCCAGCCGUCUGAUGGCCAGCAGAGAAGUGGAGGGCUGGGCCAGGUUGGAUCGUCAAACGCAGGCUACUACCUUGGUCCAUCAGAUUUUUGGAGGGUAUCUCAGAUCACGUGUGAAGUGCUCCAUGUGCAAGAGCGUCUCGGACACCUACGACCCCUACUUGGACGUCGCGCUGGAGAUCCGGCAAGCUGCAAAUAUUGUGCGUGCUCUGGAACUUUUUGUGAAAGCAGAUGUCCUGAGUGGAGAGAAUGCCUACAUGUGUGCUAAAUGCAAGAAGAAGGUUCCAGCCAGCAAGCGCUUCACCAUCCACAGAACAUCCAAUGUCUUAACCCUUUCCCUCAAGCGCUUUGCCAACUUUAGCGGGGGGAAGAUCACCAAGGAUGUAGGCUAUCCGGAAUUCCUCAACAUACGUCCGUAUAUGUCCCAGAAUAAUGGUGAUCCUGUCAUGUAUGGACUCUAUGCUGUCCUGGUGCACUCGGGCUACAGCUGCCAUGCCGGGCACUAUUACUGCUAUGUGAAGGCAAGCAAUGGACAGUGGUACCAGAUGAAUGAUUCCUUGGUCCAUUCCAGCAACGUCAAGGUGGUUCUGAACCAGCAGGCCUAUGUGCUGUUCUAUCUGCGAAUUCCAGGCUCUAAGAAAAGUCCCGAGGGCCUCAUCUCCAGGACAGGCUCCUCCUCCCUUCCCGGCUGCCCAAGUGUGGUUCCAGAUCACUCCAAGAAGAACAUCGGCAAUGGGAUUGUUUCCUCCCCGCUGACUGGAAAGCGACAGGAUUCUGGGACAAUGAAGAAGCUGCACAGCACUGAAGAGGUUGGCGUGCCCAUUUCCAGGAAUGGCUCCACCCUGGGCCUGAAAUCCCAGAACGGCUAUGUUCCUCCAAAGCUGCCCUCAGGAUCCCCUUCCCCCAAACUCCCCCAGACACCCACACACAUCCCGACUAUCCUAGAUGACCCUGGAAAGAAGGUGAAGAAGCCAGCUCCUCCACAGCACUUUUCCCCCAGAACUGCUCAGGGGCUGCCUGGGACCAGCAGCUCGAGUAGCAGCAGAUCUGGGAGCCAAAGGCAGGGCUCCUGGGACAGCAGGGAUGUUGUCCUCUCUACCUCACCUAAGCUCCUGGCUACAGCCACUGCCAACGGGCAUGGGUUGAAGAGGAAUGACGAGAGCACUGGCCUCGACAGGAGGGGCUCCAGCAGCUCCAGCCCAGAGCACUCGGCCAGCAGCGACUCCACCAAGGCCCCCCAGACCGCCAGGAGUGGAGCGACCCAUCUCUGCGAUUCUCAGGAAACAAACUGUUCCACCGCUGGCCACUCCAAAACGCCGCCAAGUGGAGCAGAUUCUAAGACGGUGAAGCUGAAGUCCCCUGUCCUGAGCAAUGCCACCGCUGAGCCUGCAAGCACCAUGUCUCCUCCACCAGCCAAAAAACUGGCCCUUUCUGCCAAGAAGGCCAGCACCCUGUGGAGGGCGACCGGCAAUGACCUCCGUCCACCUCCCCCCUCACCAUCCUCCGACCUCACCCACCCCAUGAAAACCUCUCACCCCGUCGUUGCCUCCACUUGGCCCGUCCGUAGAGCCAGGGCUGUGUCACCUGCUCCCCAAUCAUCCAGCCGCCUGCAGCCCCCCUUCAGCCCCCACCCCACAUUGCUGUCCAGUACCCCCAAGCCCCCAGGGAUGUCAGAACCACGGAGCUGCUCCUCCUUCUCGACGGCCCUGCCUCAGGUCAACGAGGACCUUGUGUCCCUUCCACACCAGCUGCCAGAGGCCAGUGAGCCCCCCCGGAGCCCCUCUGAGAAGAGGAAAAAGACCUUCCUGGGAGAGCUCCAGAGGCUAGGCUCAGAGACGUGCCUCCCACAGCACAUCAGGGAGGCCACUGCGGCUCCCCACGGGAAGAGGAAGAGGAAGAAGAAAAAGCACCCAGAGGACACAGCUGCCACCGCCCUGCAGGAGGGGCAGACACAGAGACAGCCUGGGAGCCCCACGCACAAGAGGGAGGGCCAGGCCCAGCUGCCCGCUGUCAGACGGCAGGAAGAUGGCGCACAGCCACAGGUGAAUGGGCAGCCGGUGGGAUGUGUUACGGACGGCCACCACGCGAGCAGCAGGAAGCGGAGGAGGAAGGGAGCAGAGGGUCUUGGUGAAGAAGGCGGCCUGCACCAGGACCCACCUUGGCACAGCAGCUGCUCUCCCAUGGGUGAUGGUGAUCCAGAGACCAUGGAAGAGUCUCCAAGGAAAAAGAAAAAGAAAAAAAGAAAGCAGGAGCCACAGCGGGCGGUAGAAGAGGAUGGGCAUCUCGAAGGCCUGAGGAACGCCAAGCCCCGAGAUGCUGCUGUCCCCGAGUCCAGCAGCCACACGCCAUCUGUGAAUGGCUGGUGUCCUGGAGCCCACAUGGGGCUGGGCCAGGCCCCUCCUGUGUCUUGGAAUGGAGAGCGAGAGUCUGAUGUGGUCCAGGAGCUGCUCAAAUACUCAUCUGAUAAAGCUUAUGGCAGAAAAGUUCUGACCUGGGAUGGCAAGAUGUCGGCGGUCAGUCAGGAUGCUAUUGAAGACAGCAGACUGGCCCAGACUGAGACCGUGGUUGAUGACUGGGAUGAAGAGUUUGACCGAGGGAAGGAAAAGAAAAUUAAAAAAUUUAAGAAAGAGAAGAGGAGAAACUUCAACGCCUUCCAGAAACUUCAGACUCGACGGAACUUCUGGUCUGUGACUCACCCAGCGAAGGCUGCCAGCCUCAGCUAUCGCCGUUGACUGUGCCUCUGUGGAAGGAGGACUGCCGUGCUUUGUUCCGCAGCCUCCUGGAGACAAGGCGUCCCUUCCUGGGAGCUGUCCGUCUGGACCUGAGGGAGCUCUGUGUGGGCUCUGCUGCGCUGUGAGCCUGCCACGGUAGGAGCUCUCCCGGUACCAGUGUCCACAGACCACCCGACGUAGAGGCUUUGAGGCUUCUCUAUAUCGGAACCUCUUUGGUGACAUUCCUGACCAGCCCUGCAGAGAAACGACAGUGUGUGUGUGAGCAGAGGCGGCUGCAUGCCUGCUGGACAUCUUCGCCGGGCCGGGCCUUCUUGUGUUCAUACACGGUGGUCUGUGCUGGCAGAGGCUGCUCCCCCGCCGGGUUGGGGCUGUCGAGAGAGUGGGGGACGGUGGCCACAUGUCCCCCAGGUGAUCUCCUGGUGCAUGGCUGGUGGCUCUUGGCGAGCCAUCCCUUGCUCCUCAGGGCUGGCGCCACCGUUGUGUCUGAGCCCACCCUCCCCUGCUUCCUCGGUGGGGCCCCUUCCACUGUUGGCCUUACCUGUCCCCAGAAAGGAAGAGCCGACUCCACCCAGCCAGCUCUCCCUUUUAUGGAACUCGAGAGGGGGGCCCUACUGUGCAGCCCUUCCUUGUGAGUAACUCUCAACUGUCCUGGAGAGCAGAGGCUGUUUGGGGUCGGAGGAGGCCUCGGUAUUACCCGCGAGUACAUCUGCUUUCCAGGCUGCUAUUUAUUCUGAGACGACUGUGCUGUAGCUUCCCUCGCAGCUGCAAUACCCCACAGGUCUUCACUGAGGUGGAGGCCUUGGGGUAGAAUUCUCCCAUUUAUUUUACUACUUAAUACAAAACGUUUAUUUUUGACCAGUCCUAUGGCUUCCAUUAGCAAUAUGUUUCCUUUCCCAAAUAUGCAAAUAGUGGCUUUGUUUGCUCAAUUUUGUGAGUGCUUUGGAAUUUAAAUGAUUGUAUAACUCAAGAAGAUUACUUUUCUAUCUUGCUUAAGCUGUGCCUGCCAACUUGUAAUUUAAUAAAUACAGGAAAUCCUCAGA